UGUCAUUUCAACAUUUUCAACUCCAUUGUAGUAAUUAUUGUUUACGUGUUUCUAAAUAACAAUAAAAUCUGUUUUAGUCUUAUAUAGGUACAUGAUAAUAUAUUAUGGACGACGAAGACGAUUAUUGGAACACUAGUGAGACCAAAGCUAAAGCCUUUAGUUUUGACGACGAUGUCCUAUCACCGCAAGAAAUCUUGGCUAUCGGCCAGAACAAGUCUCCGGGGCAGGCUGAAGACGGUCUGUUCUCUGGCACCAGCAUUAACAAUGUGAAGACGGCCACGCUGCCGCUGUCCAGUCUGGUGCCUAAUAAAGUGAUGGAGUUGAUUCUCCUUGCUCAAUCCGGAAAGGACCCCAAAGCAGCUCAACCGCAAGAACACACCGUGUCCGCAACAAUCAGAAGGCUGGUCCUUGGCCGUCCGUGCUCUCUGCACAGCCACCGGAGUCUGAAGAGCAAGACGGAGUUGCUGGAUGCUGCCGGGGCUGUUGGCGAUGGCAAUGCUAUACUAACUGUAGUAUUAUUUCUGAUUCAAACCCUAAACAAGAAACUUGUGUACGAGCUUCUAUCGUCAAGGCCUCUCGCUCUGAACCACUAUAUCAGCUUCCUCCAAAACGAGGGCAAAGUAUCGGAACUGACGGACCUGCUUACAAUGCUGGGAAGAUCUCCAGAUGCAGCGAUGCAUCAAUUUCAACAACACAUGCGAUCGGGUGGCUCAGUGGAUAGUUUACUGCGGAAGGUAACCAACCUGGUCGCCAACCAUUUCAACCAGCCAGGGAUAGAUGCCUAUCAGGCUAAGAUGUUAGCCGACUUUGUCAAAUUGCUAGAAUGGCAGAAAUACGCCCAGAAGCCAGUUCUGGAAAACAAAUCAGCUUUAUACUGUCUGGCAUACUGCUGUGCCAAUCAUUGGCACGAGGGUGCCGGUAACAUGAUGUCACCUCUCACUCUGUGCCAGAGGCAACAGAUAAGUCCACUCCAGUACGAUUGGGUUGUAUUGAAUGUUCAUGCUAAGUCCGGAAAAUGGGAUAUCGUGGAGUCUUUGUUCACGAAAAAGGACUGGCUCGGCCGAACAACAGUUUCCUCACAUAUACCUAUAGAAACUCUCCUAUCAAGACUGAGCGAGAUGCAAGCGAGUAAACAACUACUGGCGACAUGCGUCAACAAGGUCGCUGCUUCGCAAGACAGACUUAGAUUGGCACAGGCGUUUAAGAUACAUUCCGUGGUAAUAGAGACGUAUGCGAAGCAGAAAGACAGACUGGCGCUUCAGAACUACAAGAUGACUUUAAACCCCCAGUCAGAAGAGUUUAUUCUAGUCGAAAACACGCUUAGGGACAACUCCAUCAAAUGGAAGAACUGAUCUCCUUAAACAAAUCAAGAACCAUACAGGAUAUGAAUAAUCUCAGUUAUAAUAUAAUACGGCUCUCUCAUAAAGUGAAGAUUUAAUUUAAGGCAAUCCUAUCGAUUUUAUACCUUGAAAACUCUAUAUUAAAUUCCGAAGUUGACCUGAGCUGUAUUUUCAUAUGUUAUUAAGUGUACUCAAAAUAUUUAUACAUACUUGAAAUAAAAGGUAAUUUUA